AACAGUAGUAUUCGAUCAUAUCUAGGCAGCUGCCGUGCUUUUCCACUUCCAUCAUUAUUAUAGCGAGACCCCGGAGGUUCUUGGACCAUAUAACGUGCGUUCGCCACCGCACGACUCUCAGUUUCAUUUCGGCAGGUGGAGUAUAACGUUUGGUUGUGUUCGCAUGCAGUUUGGUUCGUCAAAACGUCUCUACACUCCAUCCCUGCAAGACUUUAUACCGACGAAAAAGUAUGAGACCCCUGGCCAGAUUCGCCCUGCGGACCUUCGGUAGUCAGCAAAAUGGGAGAAAAAAUUGUCUCCAGCAGUAUUCGAGGGGCCUUAGUUCGCAGGAGGUUUUCACUCGAGAAUCCAAGCACGGGGCCCACAACUACGCCCCGUUGCCCGUCGCCCUUACGAAGGCGGAAGGGGUCUGCAUGUGGGACGUCGAAGGGAAACGAUAUUACGAUUUUCUGAGCGCCUAUUCAGCCGUCAAUCAGGGACACUGUCACCCCAAGAUCUACAAGGCGAUGGUCGACCAGGCGAAAACUCUGACCCUCACAUCUCGCGCAUUUUACUCAGACGCGUUGGGUGAAUUUGAGGAAUACAUCACGAGCCUGUUCGGCUACGACAAAUGGUUGCCAAUGAACACGGGAGUGGAGGGUGGAGAGACAGCCUGCAAGUUGGCCCGGAAAUGGGGUUACUCCAGCAAAGGAAUUCCCGAGAAUUCAGCGAAGAUCGUAUUCGCCGAGGGGAACUUUUGGGGCAGGACCAUGAGCGCGAUCUCGUCAAGCACGGACCCUACAAGCUACAAAGGAUUCGGCCCCUACAUGCCUGGGUUCCAGGUCAUCCCCUACGACGACCUGAAGGCUCUGGACGAGGCCCUAGCCGAUCCCAACGUGUGCGCUUUCAUGGUGGAGCCGAUCCAGGGGGAGGCUGGUGUCGUCGUUCCCCAGGAAGGCUACCUGAAGAGUGUCAGGGAACUUUGCACGAAACACAACGUGCUCUGGAUCGCCGACGAGGUUCAGACCGGACUGGCGAGGACCGGCAAACGAUUGGCGGUCGAUCACGAGGGAGUGCGACCGGACAUCGUUAUCUUGGGCAAAGCCUUGUCCGGGGGAUUUUACCCGGUGUCCGGAGUUCUCGCCGACGACCAAGUAAUGCUCACUAUUAAGCCCGGCGAGCACGGAUCGACCUACGGCGGUAAUCCUUUGGGUUGUAGGAUCGCCAUGGCUGCGCUUCGUGUCCUGGAGGAUGAAAAACUAGCCGAAAACGCGCAGAGGCUCGGCGAAAUACUGAGAAAGAAGCUGGGCCAGCUGCCGAAAGAAAUCGUCAAGCUGGUCCGCGGGAAGGGGCUACUCAACGCGAUCGUUGUCGCAGAUGGAUACGACGCGAUGGAGAUUUGCUUGAAAUUCCGGGAUGAAGGCCUUCUCGCCAAACCCACACAUCGUCAAAUAAUCAGGCUGGCUCCGCCACUGGUUAUAAACGAAGAACAACUCGAGGAGUCGAUCGGUAUUAUAUCCAAAGUGAUCAAACAAUAUCAGAAAUAAUACAACUUCGACUAUUAUACAAUAUAUACUCGCCUGAACGACUGAAUUAUAAUAUUUAACUUAUUCAAUUCAUGCAAAUGUAGGUACAUUAUGUAUAUGUAUGUAUGUUGGUUUUAUAUUAAUGAAAUACUACAUUUUCAUAAUAA